GGGUGCCCAUGAUUACCUAGAACAGUGCGCACGUUACCGCAAAGAUUCCCACAUGCUGUAUGCCGAGGGGGUCAGACAAGCUGGAAAACUUAACUUCUCUCUCAUACUUAAUCGCUUGCUUUUCAUAGUCUUUGUGUUAUUGUUGGUUGGAAACUCAGUUGGCCAUCCCCAGUGCUUGGACUACCGACCUCCAUUUAAACCUCCCUUCCACCUGGAAUUCUGCACCGAAUAUGAAACGUUUGGGUGCUGUGACCAGGACACAGACAACGCCAUUGCAGAGCGAUAUUGGGACAUCAUGGACUUCUAUGAUAUCCAGGGAUACGAACUGUGCGGUGGGUUCGUUAAAGACAUCCUCUGCCAGGAGUGCUCUCCUUAUGCUGCCCACCUGUAUGAUGCUGAAAACCCAUACACUCCCUUGAGGAACCUGCCAGGUCUUUGCUUCAAUUACUGUUCAGAGUUCCAUGUCAAGUGCCACUCAGUUGUAAAGCUCCUUACUGAUGACAAGCAUAUCCAGGAGACCUGUGAGAAGGACAGGUUCAUGUUUUGCAGUUUGCUUAAUCUACCAGACCAAGACUACUGCUAUCCAAAUGUGCUUCAGAACACCAUCCUCAACCGCAACUUAGGUAGUAUGGUUCAGGACAGGAGUGGUUGCCUUCAGCUGUGUCUGAUUGAGGUUGCUAAUGGGUUGAGAAACCCAGUACUGAUGUUGCACAGCAAUGACGAUACCCACCGCAUGUUUGUAGGAGAGCAGCUGGGCUUUGUGUGGAUCUACCUGCAGGAUGGCAGCCGUUUGGAAGAGCCAUUCUUGGACCUCAGUGGUACAGUGCUGACCACUCCCUGGCUAGGGGAUGAACGGGGAUUUCUUGGACUUGCUUUUCACCCGCAGUACAGACACAAUGGCCGUUUUUUCAUCUAUUACUCCAUCACAGUCUGGGACAAAGUGGAUAAGAUCAGGAUCAGUGAGUUGAAGGUGUCAGCCCAUGAUAUGAACACAGCUGAUCCCCAUUCAGAAAGGGUCAUUUUUGAGAUCGAAGAGCCUGCAGCCAAUCACAAUGGGGGGCAGCUCUUGUUUGGUCUUGACGGCUACAUGUACAUCUUCACUGGAGAUGGGGGGAAAGCUGGGGACCCUUUUGGGAAGUUUGGCAAUGCCCAAAACAAGAGUACUCUAUUAGGCAAAGUCUUACGCAUUGAUGUGGAUGGGAGCAGCAAAGAUGGAAAACCCUACAGGAUUCCACCUGACAACCCAUUCAUUUCUGACAAGAGUGCUCUGCCAGAAGUCUAUGCCUACGGAGUGAGAAACAUAUGGCGCUGCUCUGUUGACCGCGGAGACCCGGUCACGCACAGGGGGAGAGGGAGGAUAUUCUGUGGUGAUGUAGGCCAGAACAGAUUUGAAGAGAUUGACAUCAUUGUUAAAGGAGGCAACUAUGGAUGGAGAGCAAAAGAGGGAUUUGAAUGCUAUGAUGUGAAGAUGUGUCACAACUCCUCAUUGGAUGAUAUCCCUCCAAUUUUUGCAUACAGUCACCACAAAGGGAAAUCAGUAACUGGGGGGUACGUGUACAGAGGAUGCGAGUCACCUAAUCUAAAUGGCUUGUACAUUUUUGGAGACUUCAUGAGUGGUCGACUUAUGGCAUUGCAGGAAGAUAAGAGGACAGGGACCUGGAAGGAGAAGAGCAUCUGCAUGGGUGAAACUCAGACUUGCUCCUUUCCUGGGCUCAUCAACCACCACCACAAAUUUAUUAUCUCUUUUGCUGAAGAUGAAGCAGGAGAACUGUACUUCAUGGCUACUUCAUAUCCAAGUGCACAUUCUCCUUUUGGAACUAUUUACAAAUUUAUGGACCCUUCCAGGAGAGCUUCACCAGGGAAAUGUAAACACAAGCCACUUCCUAUCAAAGUGAAAGGGAAACGAAUACCAUUUGUGGCCCAAGCAUUGACAGUACUGGACUCAAACGCACAACCACCAACGAGAGCACCUCCAAAAAGGCUUAAACUCACCACACAACCACCUGUCACAAAUGUACUACCCACAACAACCAGGCCUACGACAGCUGUGCAAAGAUCGACAACCCCACAAACAACCUCAACUAAAAAGCCAGUUUACCAGCCCGUCACAACUAAAAAACCAGUUCACCAGCCCGUCACAACUAAAAAACCAGUUCACCAGCCCGUCACAACUAAAAAACCAGUUCACCAGCCCGUCACAACUAAAAAGCCAGUUUGCAAACCAGCCACACCUAGAAAAGGCUUGAAAGUGAAGAGUCCUGAUAGGCCUCCAAAACGUAAGCCUGCAGCUUUUGACCACCAGAAAGGUUCUAAAUCAAAAGCAGGAAAGCCAAGUAGGAAAAAGGUUUCUCCAGGGGCAGGUGUAACUAAGCCAAAGGUCAAACUGAAUCCACGGGCAACACAAAAGCCAGGUACUGUUGGUUUGCAUAACAUUCCUUCAAGGGCACCUGCUACAUCCAGGCCUGCGGGCACUCUAAGGAAACAGAAGGGUUCAAAGACUGGCAAGGGCCCGAGUGAGUUCCUAAUCAAAGCUCACUCUGGCAGCAAGAGGAAGUCAAGUCAGAAGAUGCAGCCUAGACAUGAAAAGGGACAGAAUGAAGAGAAGAGAAAAAACAAAAACCAAUGAGGACUUAAAUUUGCCUGAGGAACAUGGUGCAGACAAAAUGAGAUGCUGUACUUUAGCCCAGACACUGACAUAUUUUUAAAUAUUUAGAUAUAAUUUAAUUUAUGUUAAUUAACAUAACAUUCACUGAAAAGAAUUUUGGUUAGUCAAUCUGUAAAACAUUUUCUUUAGUACUACAUAUGGUAAAUGUGGACCAAAAUAUCAGUUUUAGUGUGUAUAAUAUGGGUAUGACAUUUUUGUUAUUAGCUGUUUUUCUUGACCUUUUUAGCUCUACAGUAUGUUAUUAUCUACCCACACACAAAGCAUUUCUUUAAGGCUUUAACCCAAAGCUAUAGAACCAGAAUAAAGUAGUACCCAAAUUCCUGAUUCAUUUUUGAAGUUAUUAUGCUCUGUUAUUUAUUUUUGAUUUUGCAAUAGUUAAGCUAUGUCAUGAAUACCGGAUGUACACGUAGAUUGGUGACCUCAGCUCGUUUCUUAUGCGAAACAAUGCUUCUGUUUCUGUUCUGGUUCCACUGUUGCACAAAAAGGGAUCAGAAUAGGUUGCUGGGAUAAUAAUACAAAAUGAACACUGCUAUUCAAUUAUCAAAACUCAAAGAGGAGAUGAGUAGUCACUCGGUCCAACAAAAAAGGGUUUUGAUUGUCAAGAAAUAAUUGGUCCUAUAUAUUUCUGAUUCUUUCAAGAAGAAAAGGUGAAUGAUAACACUGAAUUUAAUCAAAAUGAAACCAAAUGAUAUACCAAGAGUGAGAUCAAUACAUACUGGUUGAAUUUAUCCUUUAAAAUUAGAACAUUACUCCAAAAUAAAUGAUAUUAAUAAACAUAUACAUUUAAUUACAGUAUGCCUUUUUUCAGGUCAGGUCCAAUUCCAACACAGAUAUCAUACCAGACAAUAUUUGAGAAGCUGGGAAGUGACCUCUGUACUGUACCAUAAGUGUUUCUUAAAAAACAUGCUGCAUAUGAUUUGACACUUCUGUAAAAUCAAUGCUAAUGCUAAUGACUGAACAUUCUUUCAUUACAAACAUUGGAACCUCUUAUUCGCAGGGUUUUACUGCAACCUGAUUUCUUCAUGCAUCUGAAAUGAGAACAAUAUCACUGUUUAGUGAAAAUACAUUAGUGGUGUACUAUUUUGGUAGGUAAAAUAAAAUUUAAUCAUUUAGUGUAGGUUAAAUGAAAUAUCUUCUUAGACUCAUUCUUAGAGAGUAUCCUGAAGAUCAUAGAUUUCAAAAUACUUAUACUUAUGAGAAGAUGUCCAACCUUUUUAACAGGUCAGAUAAGGUAUUUUUGUGAUAUGCAUAUUGAAAAAUCAA